AUGGCAGCAGAGCAAGAUGACACCGUUUUCGACCAAGACCUAGAAGUUGACGACGAAGACGACGACGAUCAAUCUUCCCAAUCUCAAAACGACGACCUUGAAGACGAUCUGGAAAUGGAAAACGAUGACACCUUGCCCGAAAAUGAUGACGUUUUAUCCGAAGAAUUACUCGAAGACGAUGAUACCUCUACCUCCACCGCUGUCCCCACUGCCAUCCCUGCUGUCACCAUCGCCUCCAUCCCUGCCGUAGCAACCGUCGCCACUACAGUGGCCACUGAUUCCACACCUGAUGCAUCAAAACGACAACGCGUUACCCCUGAAACGACAAUCCUCCUUUCUCAAGACUCGAAAAAACCGCAAUUUGAUGAUACCAGGCGGUUAUUUCAACGAUUGUGGACUGAUGAAGACGAAAUUGAACUACUUCAAGGGUUUUUAGAUUACACAACAACAAAAGGUACUGCUAAUCAUCACCAUAACGACACCGCUCUAUUUUAUGAUCAAAUCAAGUCGAAACUCCAACUCGAUUUUAACAAGAACCAGCUUGUUGAGAAACUUCGUCGUUUAAAGAAGAAGUAUCGUAAUGUCCUGAACAAGAUUAAUUCAGGAAAGGACUUUUGCUUUAAAUCCCCACAUGAUCAGGCUACUUUUGAGAUUUCGAGGAAAAUCUGGAGUUCUACGGGAAAAGUUACGGGUUUCGGUAAUGAAGAUGGGAAUAAUUUGGAUGAUGAUGAUGGUGGAAACCCUAACCCUAACUUUAAUAACAAUACUGUGAUGAUGGAUGGUGAUGUUUCUGUUAAAAUUGAGGAUCAUAAGUCUACUCCUAGAUCAAGAAAGAGGUCAAGAUCGCGAUCUGUUGGUGUGAAGAUGGAGGAGAAGCGUGUGCUGAAUGAUGGGUUUGUGGGAAAUGAGACUAAUGUUAAUGGGACUGGGAGUGGAAGUGGGAAUGGGAAUGUGUCGAGCGUGAUUGAGGAGACGGUGAGGAGUUGUUUGUCGCCUUUGUUUAAGGAGUUGUUGAGUAACAUGGCAGGAGCGGGGAUGGGUGGUGUUGGGAGAGGGAUUGGGGGGUUGGCGAUGAAUGCCAUGCCAUUGAGUUUUGGUGUAGGGGAUGUCAUGAUGAUGGAUGAGAAGUGGAGGAAGCAACAUAUAUUGGAGUUAGAGGUUUAUUCCAAGCGGCUGGAGUUGGUGCAGGAUCAGGUUAGAGCACAAUUGGAUGAGUUGCGGUCCAUGGGUGAUUAG